AUGCCCUCCUCAAACCCCCUCCUCGCAACUGCAAAAUUCACGACAACCCGCAUCCCACCCCCGGGCCCCGAUACAACCCUCACACUACCAACGCGCACAGUCCCCUUCCCCUACGACAAUCCGAUGGCGCUCAACGACGCCCUAGCCGUACGCCUCGAAGUCUUCGUCGACGAACAGAAAUGCGCCGCGGAGUUUGAGCUCGACGACGACGAUUCCCGGAGUUGGCAUUGGGUUCUAUACGAUGAGAAUGCGCUGGUUCCUGGUGUGAAGAGCGCGGUGAAGUUGCCCGUUGCGGUUAUAAGGCUUGUGCCGCCGCCGCAUGCGUAUGAGGGUGGGCAUGGGGAUGGGAGUAAUGGGGAUGGGAACGGGAAUGGGUUAGUCGACGGGGUAGCGAAAUACGACCUAGAACACGAACCGUAUAUCAAGUUCGGGCGCGUGGCUGUUCUCGCGGCUUAUCGCGGGUUAGGGCUUGCGAGACGGCUUAUGGAGACGGGGAUGAAGUGGGCGGAGGAAAAUGCCGGGGAGAUUAAUCGGGCGCUUGCGGAGGUUGUUGAGGGGAGGAAGGAAACGGAGGCGGAGGCGGAGGCGGAGCCCGUUCCUGUGCCUGUGUGGAAGGGAUUGGCGCUUGUGCAUGCGCAGGUGGAUGUAGAGAAGAUGUAUGGGCGGCUUGGGUUUGUGACGGAUGAGAGUAUGGGGACGUGGGUUGAGGAAGGGAUUGAUCAUGUUGGGAUGUGGAAGCGUUUGAAUGUGUAG